CUUACUGGCGGCAGGCUGGUUCCCACAGCCACCCCUGUUUUCAGUACCUGGUAGUCAAAGUACCUCGGCGGAAGUAGAGUACCCCCACGCCGCUUUUGUGACGAUGGGUAUAAAGACUGAGGCGCCUGGCGCUGUUGUUCUUGCCAUGCGUCUAUUUAUUUUCCGUACUUUCAGAAAGCAUUCAUGUCCUUUCUCUGACAGCCAGAUUCCGACCUUUUCUCUCGACACACGCUCUUUCUGUUUGUUUGAAGCCUAGAUCUCUCUUUCCUCCACAUACUUUGCAAGAAGCAGCCCGCCUUUUCGAUAUUCAAUCCGACAUGUUCUUCAGCAAGACCAGAGCCGCCAAGCGCACCAACUCGGGCUCGUCGACCAGCAGCCGCGGCCACGGCGCCCUGUACGUGAAUUCGUCAGAGUUCAUCAACUAUGUCGAGAAGAGCCAGAUCUCCGGGCCCAUUGCUGCCCAGCCCAUGGGUGCCAUGGACAUCACCGCCUGCGACGUGAUCUGCCGCGGCGUCCCGUCCAGCGACGAGAUCAAGCUGCUCCGCCGGCGUGUGCGCCAGACGGCAUCGGUGCUUGGCGCGCGGGUAAACAACAGCAUCGAGCAGAGCAUCUCGCUUUGACAUGAUUGUUGCGGAAUCCCGUACAUACACAUUACAACCCCUCCCCCUUUUAUUCGCCCUUCCGACGCCUUACGCUGUUUCAGACCUGCAGCCAGGCCCCCAUCCCGGGAGCGUUUCCGGCGUCUCCUGCGUGUGGGGGGAAUUGCAUCACGUCCCAAC